AUGGUCGAGUGGCUAGUAAUGAGCAAGAAGUCAAGAAAGUUGAAGAAGGCUGCCGCUGCAGCUGCUGGUCGAAAAUCAGUCCUAGGUUUGAAGAAGACGGAGGGCAAGGUCAAGAAAGAGGCUCUCAUAAAAGCCAUUUCCGAAAAGUCCGUUUCUCUGACCGCUCCGCCAGUUACCAUCACCUCCAAAAAGAAGAAGAAGAAGCGUCACGGUAAGAAGGCCGCGAAUGUACAUUCCGGUAUAAAGCUGGAAAAUGUUGCUCCAGCGGGACCAGUGAGCCAGAAUAGGGAGCAGCGGCAGGGAGAGAAUGUUCCUGUGGUUGAUGAAACUGGGAAGGGGAAGAAAAAGAGGAAACGUAACAAAAAAAAGAGAAUUUCUUCGGAAGCAUCUUCUAUUGAGCAGAAACCCAAGGUGUCACUUACUGUGAGCGCGAAUCCAAGUGACCCGGCCAAAGAGAGUGGAAAGAGCCGAAAGCGUCGCAACCGUAAGCGAAAGGCAGCGCAAGAAGUAGCGGGGAUAUCAAAGCCUUUAGUGGAGUCCGUGAACCCUUCAAAAAAGGUCAGAAUGGAGGAGGCCGAAGGAGAGGCCUUAAGCAGUAGUGAACCGGAGCUAAUCCACGCGGAUUGGGGGUUGGGUGAUGACUCUGGUAGGGAGGAAGGUUCCAAGGCUGAGGAUGACAGCGAAGCUGACCUGGAUGCCUCCGAAGAGGAUAUCGAUGAGACGCCCCAUUCGGAAGAGAGUGCCGACGACAGUGAUGCUGAUGUGGAAAUCAAUGACACUGGAGCGAUAAAUAAGGAUGGCUGCGAAGAAUCGAAACCAGGAAAUGCUGCCAAAAAACCCAACCUAGAAACCAAGAAAUUGAGCAAGGAUAGGCCUGAAGGGAACAAACGGGAUGAUAAAACUCUGAGUUGUCGGGCGAAAACCAAAAAGUUCUCCCUUUUGGACAAAACCGCCAUUCUGAAAGAGAUGCGAGAGCGCGUCGCCGAAUUCGAUUCUCGUUGUUUAUACGUUGCGCCCAUCCCAGGUGACUGCACUUUCGAUAUGUUGAAGAAGUUCAUUCCCAAGAUGAAAAGCUGCCGAUUUUUCACAAGGCCUAAGUCGAACAAGUUGCGCACUUUUGUUUUUGUGGAAUUUGCGGACGCGGAAAUAGCAGGAAAGGAGAAGUUGUCCAUCUCAGGUCGUCUAUUUGCAGGCCAGUCGAUGCGAGCAGAGAUCCGAUCUAGUCAGCAGCACGGCGACAACAGAGUUGCCGAUGGAGUCUACAGUUCGGAGAAUAUUGAUUUUUCGCGUAUUCUGGUCACCGGCCUAGCACCUGGAGUGAACCAGACCGACCUUAAAAGGAUCUUUCCCACCGCCGAAAAUAUCCGACUGCCAAUGUCUCAACACAAUUUCAAUUACGGCUAUGCGAUUCUCAGCUACGUUUCGGAUGCAGUUGCUCUCGAUGCCUUCUCUCAAUGUCACAGACUCCUUCUGAAAGGUCAUCCCAUCUCUGUGAACUUUGCCUUUAAACCAUCUGAAAAAAAGCAGCCUGCCAGUGCUGACACUGCCUCCUCAUCUAAGUCCAGCGUGCUUAUUCGGCCACAGAAGGAGACCCAACUUGCUCAGCGUGUGGGAAAAGUGGUAAUUCAACCAUUGGUAAAUGCAAAGGAUGAAGAGGGAGAUAAUGGAUUGGCAGAAGGCUCCAAGAAAAGCGAUUCGCUGAAACCGACAAGGAUCCAGCGACGGGACGCGCAGAAGUCGGGUAGUAAAGCGAGAAUGAGCAAAGAUAAAGGUACUAAAGGGGAAUUGACUGUCGAAGAAGCUAAAGGGGAUGAUGUUGCUAGGACUGCAUCGGCCUCUCUUCUUUCUGACAUGAUUAAACAGGCUAAAGGAAAGAUAAAGGCUGAAGAAGCGAUUGAGGUGCAGUCGGAUGAGGAUGGCGAAGAGCCUGAUGACGAUAAGGAUGUUGAAGUGGAAGAUAUUUCUGAAGAAGGCGGUGAUGAUGGAAACGAUGAGGACGAUGACACAGAUGAAGGAGAAUCUGAUGGGGAAGACAAAAUUGAAGAGGUAGCGAGUAGUGUUUCUGCCUCGGCAUCGGACGAUGAUAACGAGGUAGAAGAGGUGGACGUUCUGGCGGGGGAUGACUCGGAGGGCGAGACAAUCGAUGCCUCACUGACAGAGGUGCUCAAGGCUCGCAGAGCUUGUGCAAAGGCACUCAAAUCACCGGGUGCCAAGCGCAACUGGAAGGUUUCCGUGGGCGAAAAACGAACUAGCACUAUGCCUAAAAUGCUACCGGUUCCCAAAAAACUCCGAAAGUGA